GGGAGGGUCUGUACACCCGCACAGUCGCGAGUGAAGUCUAAUCAGUGCACCUGUGUGAGGUCAACAUGCGCGUGAUGUGUCUACCGACAACUUUCUUAUUCGCAAAAUUGUUGUAUCUUUACACUAUUUUACCAAGUUACAAACACCAUGGUUCAGUAAACGCUGAAGUAGCUUCCGAAAACUGCACUUGCAAAACAUUUGUCAACGUUAAACACAGGAGAGCAACAACUACCACGGAUUUGAAACGCUCGAAAAUGGAAGGCCAACUUCGAAAAACUUGCCGCAGUGCUUUGUACCUUUUGCAGAUGAAAGUGUGCCUCCUGGUUACUGAAGCAUGACAAAUCAGAGGGAGAGUGGAAGAAAAGCCAUUCAUCAAGAAGUUGGAGUUGACAACUGUGUUUCUCGUGUCCCACGUUAGGUGCACUUUCCGUCUUUGAGGAGCAGUGAUAUGGACACCAGGUGUGGUGACGUCCAGCUCUCUGUGGGUGUGUGUGGGAUGUUGUGUCAGGGCUAAAGCCCAUCCCUCUCCCAUGAGCCUGUGUGCCCACACACACCUGGCGCCUUCACGCACACACCCGGCGCCCACGCACCCACAGCCGGCACUGACGCUGUGAACUGGACCCUCGGAGACCAGCGGAGCCAAGCGGAGCGGAGUCUAACCCAGUUGGAGCCUGAGGAUGUCAACAGAGACAGAGCUACAGCCAGCGGUCAGGCCCAGCAGCGUCAGACGGGACUCCAGAAGGAAAGGGCAGGAUCGCAGCGAGUCGACUCUCAUCAGGCGUUUUAAGGGCGAUGGCGUCCGCUACAAGGCCAAGCUCAUUGGCCUGGACGAGGUCACUGCCGCCCGUGGAGACAAACUCUGCCAGGACUCGAUGAUGAAGCUCAAGGGUGUAGCUGCAGGAGCGCGGUCUAAAGGAGAACACAAACAGAAGGUGUUUCUGACCGUCUCAUUUGGAGGGAUCAAGAUCUUUGAUGAGAAGUCAGGGGUCCUCCUACAUCAUCAUGCGGUCCAUGAGAUCUCUUACAUUGCCAAGGACAUCACGGACCACCGAGCCUUUGGCUACGUCUGCGGGAAGGAAGGGAACCACCGCUUUGUGGCCAUCAAGACCGCACAGUCGGCUGAGCCGGUGAUCCUGGACCUGCGGGACUUGUUCCAGCUCAUCUAUGAGAUAAAGCAGAGAGAAGAGAUGGAGAAGAAGGCUCAGAAAGACAAGCAGUGUGAGCAGGCGGUCUACCAGACAAUACUGGAGGAGGAUCUGGAGGACCCGGUCUAUCAGUACAUUGUGUUUGAGGCGGGACACGAACCCAUCCGUGACCAAUCAGAAGAGAGCAUUUAUCAGGUUCCCACCAGUCAGCAGAAGGAAGGGGUCUAUGACGUCCCAAAGCGACACCCAAAUGGACAUCAAAACACCCCCCACCAACCCCAUCAUCAUCAUAUUCAUGAUCAGCCACUCCAACAAGAACAAACUCAACAGCCGCAGCAGGCAGUGGCAGAUCUGAUAGACUUUGACUUGGGAAUGGUGACUCAGAAUAUCAACCAAUUAGAGAUUUUUGGAGACAUGUCCACGCCUCCUGACAUCACUUCUCCAUCGACCCCGGCCUCUCCAGCCAACAUCCUCGACCCGUCGCUGGGCCUGCAGCCUCCCACGGAACUGUUUGCUCCCUUCAAUCCCGCGUCUGUGCCCUCAGGUUAUGUGACAAUGGGAGCUGUUCCCCCUGGCCACUGGUCCCAGCAGGCGUUUGCUGCCCAGACGCCGCUGGCCUUCGGGGUGCAGUCUCCUCUGGGUGCGGUAGCCCAGGUGCUGCCAGGCGGCCAGCCUCUCAUCUGGGGCCAGGCCAACCUCUUCCCCGCCACCCAGCAGCAGUGGGCAGCCAUGGCAGCAGGAGCCUUCUCCCCCACAGCCUACCUCCCUGCCCAACCUGUGGGUACUCUGCCUGCCGCCAUGUUCCAGACUCUCACCCCUGUCGCGUCUAUGAUUCCUGCCGGCGAGAGCCAUUUAGGUGCUGGAGCCGGCGCCUCAGCUGCCUCACCUUCAGCGUCGUCGAGUCCGCAGCACGGGGAGAGGGCGAGGAAGAUGGGCAAGGAGAUGUUCAAGGACUUUCAGCUGGCGAAGCCCCCUGCCAUGCCCUUGAAGAAGGGUGAACAGCCCAGCUUAGCAACAACCUCAGACGCAUUCAGCUCUUACUUCAGCCGUGUGGGCACCGCCCAGGACACGGACGACUGUGACGACUUUGACAUUUCUCAAAUGAACCUGACACCAGUCACCUCCACGACACCGUCCACCAACUCACCGCCCACCCCAGCUCCCAGGCAGAGCUCACCCUCGAAAUCCUCCGCCUCCCAUGUCAGUGACCCCCCAACUGACGCCACAGACCCCCCCACAGACGACUCGUUUGGGGAAGCAGAGGGCAGUCCUAGUCGCAGUGGAGAGGAAGAUGCUGCGUGUGGCUCUGGGUCGCCCUGCCCCAGUGAGACAGCAGAACCGAGCCCAGACCAGGCCAGUCCGGAGGCUGGGAGCUAGAUAGCAGCAGGGCAGGAAGGGGAAGGACCCUCUCUACGCCCAGAUCAACAAAGGGAAGAAAUAAAGAGACACACAGGAAGACGGACCUGAGCAGCACUGAGAGAAUAGGAGGAGAACCUUCACCUUGUGUGUGUGAGUGUGUAUGUGAGUGUGUAUGUUUGUGUGACUGGCACAUCUCCCAGCCUGGCCAAGCCCUUCUUCUUCACCUCCUCGGCUAACAACCUCCCAGGAGGAGCCUCCACACUCCCUCUCUCCUCCCGCUGUACACCUCCUCCUCCUCCUCCUCCUCUCUGCAGCCCUCCUCUCCUCCUGAGAGGAGAGAGCCCUCUUGGUCAUUCACUCCAGGCAGGAGGGAUAUCAAUCACAAAGACGGAUCCAGUUCUCCCUCCACUGCGCGUCUUCUCCUCUCCUCUCUUAUCCCUGUCCCCUGCGACUCACACACAGCCUUACAGACAUAACUUGCUCCUACCCUAUCUCGCUCUUUCCUUCCCUCCCUCAUCUUCUCUCUGUUUGCUCUUACACUCCUCCCUCUGCCUCCUGCGUCUGGCCAGAAACUGUGCUGUCAAGGAGAGACUGAAUCAAGCAGUGCCUGCCUGUCUCACACACACACACACACACACACGCACGCACGCACGCACGCUCGCUCAUCAGGAUUAGAAUGAUCAUCUUUCAUUUAAUGGACAGAAUCUGCACCUGAAGCGAGUAGAUCCUGCAGGAGGAGCUGGACUCUAACGAGCCUAUCACAGAGGCCUGUUUCUAGGAUCACUGCUUCUGAUUGGAUCGUUGGUUUGGGCGUUGUCUCUCCAUUCUUGUGAGUGUCUGCUGGAUCACUAUGCAGAAACAGACUCUCUGGGAGCUACUCACACCAAACACACACACAGCAAUCUGCUUACAUAUACUCCUAUCUCACACACACACACACACACAAGCAUUCAUCCCCCCCCCCUCUAACAUACACAGUAAUUUGCCAAACGUCUGUCCUCGCAGACAGACUCACACCGAGGCCAGAGGACCGGACAAACGGAGGAAUGGACGCUGAGAGGGAAGUGUUGCAACAGAUUCUGUGAUCGAACUGUUCAUUCUCUAUAGCUUUUGUACAAUACUGAUUAAAAAAAGAAGAAAUUAAAAAAUUGAAUUUUUAUUUUAUAAGUCAAUCAAGCCGCUGGGGUCAGCUCUAUAGGAGUUAUAGAGUCAACAUGGCUUUAAGGCAUCUGAUCGUUGGUUUGCCAAACUCAUUUUGUAAAUAAUGAUAACAACAACAACCACCAUUUUGUCCACUGGACUUCUGUGCCAUAAAAUAGGAAGGCUUCAGUUAUGCAAACUCUCAACGUUAACCCAAGCAAUACCAACAUAUGUUUUCUUUUCCUUUUUUCCCACUAAUGCUGUUUUGAUUUUGUGCAUGGAUGUUGUUGGUCUUUGUCUUAACCUCACUUACUAAUCCUGUUUCCAGCUGCAAACCUUGCUCGUGUCUUGUCUUUUUCGAGUCCCACCACCUCACAUCGAUAACAGAUGAGCUUCUGCAGAUUAUGUUACCAAUCAUGGCCUAUGUAUGUGUUUCUGUACCACACACUCACCGUCUCUAUGUUGCAGAGGACAUAGUGUCACUCACUGUAACCUAGUCUGCUCCUCCAUCUCAUUCCCCCAGUAUAGUCUUUGAGAUACAGUGAUGCUCCGCCCAUCUGUCUUUCUGCUGGUCAGGUGCCAAACUGCUGCUGUGGACUGCAGCAUCCUCUGCUACAACUACAUCAACUUUGAUGCCAAUGACUCCCUAUUUUAUGGCCAGAGUCCCCAUGUCACUGAGAACUCUUUUGGACUAUGAUGUUGAUUAACUUUCAAAUUUGACCACUAGAGGAUGAGCAGAGAAGUUGAAUAAAAAGGGAAACGUUGCUGUUUGAGUACAUAACAUUUCUAGACCUAUUUUAACUUUACCUCAGCUAACAGUUUCUUAAUGUAAAUUGACACAUUAUUUUUAUCUUUAUGAAUAUGACAUUCUACAGUGGGUUUUUAGAUGAUUUUUUGGUUCUCUCUUGAUUUAUGUAUUCCACCAUGUAUUACUGUUACAAAUAAACACAUCCCAAAUGAC